UCAAAGAAAAUCACAUUAUGCAAUAACUGAUAAUCUAUCCUCCCAUACGAUUUCACCUAAAGACCCACACACAAACUCUAGUUUGUAAGACAGACCUAUAUAUAUAUGGUCAGUUCAGUCAGCUAUUACAAAGCGGGUUGUUUGUGAAGGAGCAUCUGGCGUUGAAUAUAGAUCUACGUCAAGAUUACUUCAAACAUUGCAAGCUUUUAAGUAAAGAAUCAUUGAGUGAUUUCACUUUAAUAAAAUGCUGUUUUUUCUGGCCAUUUCCUUAUUGUUAAAUCAGGUGACAGUCGCCGCAGACUAUCAUCAUGAAAGCGAUUUGCUUUCCAAGAGAGAUAACUUGCCUAAAAGCCCUGACGAUACAAUAGUGUGCAGACAAGAACCUCUUGAGCUCGGCAUUGUCCUAGACUCUUCUAGGUCCAUCAGGAAAACUGACUUUAAUAUAUGCAUCGACUUUCUGAAAGACUACCUGGAGGAAUUCGACAUCAGCAAAGACAACGUGAGAGUCGCCAUCAUUCUUUACGGGGACGGACUCUACACACAAGAUGCUUUCAACUUGACUACAUUCAACACAAAAGAAGACGUCAUCAGCGCUAUAGGGAGGAUCAACCAGGUAGAAGGCGGUCAAACUAAGACCGAUAUGGGUAUCAAUUACAUGCGUGAGGUCCAGUUGAAUGCUGCAGUGGUCAGACCAGGGGUCACCAGGAUAGGCCUGGUCAUUACUGACGGAGAUUCUUUUAAUAAAACUGCAACUGCGGAAGAAGCUAAGGCUGCCAGAAAGAGUGGGAUCCAAAUGUUUGCCGUUGGAGUUGGUUCUCAGGUUGGCCAAACGGAGCUACGCAAUAUUGCCGGUGACAUGUCCAGAGUCUCCAAAGUGGACAACUAUGGCCAGUUGAAAAACCUUAUCAAAAGCCUUGCAAACAGGACAUGUAUCAAAAUAGAUACAAAUACCACUCCACAACCCACCUCUAAAGCCACCUCACCAACCACUUCUAAAACCACACCACAAACCAGGACGACCAGAUCAACUAGAACAACCACUACAACCAUUUCUCCCAACCAUCAAGGCGAUGAGCCAAACUGUCAACAGAAUCCAACAGAUAUUUACUUUGUCUUCAGUCCUGCUGACUUAGGCAUUGAUAACACCAUUUGGACCACAGACUUCAUUUCUUCCACAGUCUCUACAGAGUACGUGAGAACACUUUUUAAGUAUGGCGUCAUAUCCGGUUCCUGCCCAGACGAUGAAGGUUUUAAUCUAGGCAGCUACACUACAGAAGUAGAGAUUAGAAAUCGAUUGAAAUCUUACGGUAUCAGCAAAUUACCCGCUCUCACAAAGCAACUAGCUACUUCUGGUUACACCACUGAGCGAGGAGCCAGAUCUCACGCCAGGAAAGUUGCCGUCUUGGUAGUAGGAGGGAAGAAGUCUGCAGAGUUAGUGUCAAAACAAGUGAAAACUUUGCUGGAUCAGGGCAUUGAGGUGUUUAUCGCUGACCCAACCAACUAUGGCGUUAAGAUCGAAGGAGCUACCACACUUAAAGGCCAGUCAUUGGCACAGGCUGAAGAACUCAUCUACUAUCUGUGUAACCCGUGUCAGCCCACUACAUCAAAGUAGAAAUCAAAAUAAAUUUUUUGUCAUGUGCGCAUCUUGGUGUGAAUCUGGAAUGGUGCGAUUGCGUUUUGAAAGAGAAACAAAUGGAAGCUGAAAAUGGAAGAAUCAUAGACAUAUAUUAGAUCUAGACUGGAAUCCGGAAAUAAAUUCUUAUCCGCGAUUGAUCGAUUCACUGCCCUAUACAUAUAUAGAUUUUUAUGUACGUAAACUCUUUUUAUUAGAGCCUGUCUAAUGGGAGUCGCCCCAAUCAAUCUUUUCUGUCUUAGAAAAGUAAUGAUCUUUAGUUUUCAAAGUUUAGAAAUAAUGCAAAAUCAUUUCUCGGAUAUUCACGCAAAUAUAUGAAACAAAGCCAUUUCCUGUUUGUUUCCAUUGAGAUAAUGUUUCAAAAAUCCUAGAUUGAAAUAAUUCAUGUUGAUUUUAAUCAUCUUAUGUACAUUUAAAUAGAUUGAUUACCUAGAUCUUUCUAGAUUAUGUAUCUAAAAAUUGCAAAAUAAUAAUUAUGAAACGAGAGUACUCUUAUUUUUGAUGUUCAAUUACUAGAUCUAGAUCUAGAAAUUAAAUUAUAUGUUACAUAGGUUAGGGUUGAAAAAAAAAACUUUACUUCUUUUAACUACUUUACAAAACAACGCCUUGAUCCUACUUUCUAAAAAAUUUUCACAUUUUUUGUUGCGUUAAAAAAUCUCCAUGUCCAGUCUAGAUCUAGUAUAUAUAUAAGUCUAUGGGAUGAAUAAAAACAAAAUAGUGUUUUGAUUGUUUACUUUUCUUAAAUUUAGAUUAAAUUAUUUAUAAAACUGUGA